AUGACUUUGAAUAACGACGGAUCCAUUCAGCACUACGAGAUCAACAAUUUCAGGUUCCAAGAUGGUACUGUGGUUUCGCGUGUGAAGGUGGCGUAUCAGAUCAUCAACCCUACCAAGAGCAAAAUCGCAGUCGUGCAUACCUGUUUCCGCGGACGACUCAGUACGACCUUGAACUUCUCCAACGGUGUGCUCAAAGAUCAUAAGAUCAUUCUGGUUGCUUUGUUUGGCAAUGGUGAAUCUUCCAGCCCUUCGAAUACUCCCGACUUCCCCGAAACCUUGGACUAUCAGGACUGCGUAAAAGCUCAGCAUAUUCUUUUGACCCAAGAGCUGGGAGUAGACCACGUCGAUGUUAUGCUGGGCUUCUCCAUGGGCGGUCAAAUCACGUAUCAUUGGAUUGUGACGCAUACAUCAUUCGUCAGAUAUGCUGUCAUCAUAUGUUCCUCCGCGAAGACGAGUCAACACAACUAUCAAUUCCUAGAGGGACCAAAAGCCGCGCUGGAAAGCGCUGUCGAUGAAUCACGCGGAAAGAGAGCGUUUGGCAAAGCAUAUUCUGCCUGGCUCACCAGCGCGGAAUGGUUUGACGGAGCACUAUACAAAGAUAUGGGCUUCAACACACUCUCAGCCUGGGAUGAAGUUGCUACAGGGACUGGAUAUGAUGACUGGGCAGGAUCCGAUCUUCUUUCGAUGCUAGGCAUGUGGCAGCGCGGUGAUAUCACUCGUUGCGUACAGGAUGCGAACGGUGAGCUGGAAGCAGCACUGAAAAAGAUUGACGCAAGGGUGCUGCUGAUGCCAUGUGAAACCGAUCAGUACUUCCGUCCAUAUGUGAGCAAGAGAGAAGCGAAUUUCUUGCAAAACGUUGAAGUGCAGGUUGUGCCCAGCAUUUGGGGCCACAUCGCAGGAGGUGGCGCGAAUAAGAAGGAUGUUGAAUGGAUGGAUCAGAAGAUCAGUGCGCUUCUUGAUGCAUAGAGAGUUGUACAGUAGCAGCAGGGAGUUGGGCGACAGAAGGUGGGCCGUUGUACGCAGAUUACCCAGCCAAUUACCACAACGAUGCACGU